AUGAGUGCUCAUUUUACUUUCCUUUUGUUAUAGAAUAAAGGUUCCCUUCAAUUUGAGGACAAAUGGGAUUUCAUGAGACCUAUAGUCCUGAAGCUCCUGCGGCAAGAGUCCGUCACAAAGCAGCAGUGGUUCGACCUCUUCUCGGAUGUGCACGCAGUUUGCCUGUGGGAUGACAAAGGCCCAGCAAAAAUCCACCAGGCCUUAAAAGAGGACAUUCUAGAUUUUAUAAAGCAGGCUCAAGCUAGAGUACUCAGUCAUCAGGAUGACACUGCUUUACUGAAGGCUUAUAUUGUAGAAUGGCGCAAGUUCUUCACUCAGUGCGACAUCUUACCCAAACCCUUCUGUCAGUUAGAAAUCACUUUAAUGGGGAAACAAGGAAGUAACAAGAAAUCAAAUGUGGAAGACAGUAUUGUUAGAAAGCUAAUGCUGGAUACAUGGAAUGAAUCUAUAUUUUCUAAUAUAAAGAAUCGUCUUCAGGAUAGUGCAAUGAAAUUGGUCCAUGCUGAACGGUUAGGGGAAGCAUUCGAUUCCCAGCUAGUUAUUGGUGUUCGAGAAUCCUAUGUUAAUCUCUGUUCAAAUCCAGAAGACAAACUUCAGAUCUAUCGGGAUAAUUUUGAAAAAGCCUAUUUAGAUUCUACGGAGAGGUUUUACCGAACCCAGGCCCCUUCCUACUUACAACAAAACGGUGUACAGAAUUACAUGAAAUACGCAGAUGCUAAACUAAAAGAAGAAGAGAAGAGAGCCCAACGAUACUUGGAGACCAGGAGAGAAUGUAACUCUGUGCAGGCGCUCAUGGAGUGCUGCGUUAAUGCCUUGGUGACAUCCUUCAAAGAAACAAUUUUAGCUGAGUGCCAAGGAAUGAUCAAACGCAAUGAGACUGAAAUGUGUUUAAUGUUUUCCCUCAUGGAUAAAGUUCCAAGUGGAAUUGAGCCAAUGUUGAAGGACCUGGAGGAUCACAUUGUGAGUGCUGGAUUAGCAGACAUGGUGGCAGCUGCAGAAACCAUUACUACUGAUUCUGAGAAGUAUGUAGAACAAUUACUGACAUUGUUUAAUAGAUUUAGCAAAUUAGUAAAAGAAGCUUUUCAAGACGAUCCAAGGUUUCUUACUGCUCGAGACAAGGCAUACAAGGCUGUGGUGAAUGAUGCAACAAUAUUUAAACUGGAGUUACCACUAAAGCAAAAAGGGGUGGGAUUGAAAACGCAGCCCGAGUCAAAGUGCCCGGAAUUACUUGCUAAUUACUGUGAUAUGUUGUUAAGAAAAACACCUCUCAGUAAAAAACUCACUUCAGAAGAAAUUGAAGCAAAACUGAAGGAAGUGCUGCUGGUGCUCAAAUAUGUUCAGAAUAAAGAUGUGUUCAUGAGAUAUCACAAAGCUCACCUCACCAGGCGUCUCAUUCUGGACAUCUCCGCAGACAGUGAGAUUGAAGAGAACAUGGUGGAAUGGCUCAGGGAAGUCGGAAUGCCUGCUGAUUAUGUAAAUAAACUGGCUCGGAUGUUUCAAGACAUUAAAGUAUCUGAAGAUUUAAAUCAAGCUUUCAAAGAAAUGCAUAAAAAUAAUAAAUUAGCACUUCCAGCUGAUUCUGUGAACAUUAAGAUUUUAAACGCGGGUGCAUGGUCGAGGAGUUCGGAAAAGGUCUUUGUGUCUCUUCCCACUGAACUGGAAGACCUCAUCCCUGAAGUAGAAGAAUUCUACAAGAAGAACCACAGUGGAAGGAAAUUGCACUGGCAUCAUUUAAUGUCUAAUGGCAUUAUCACCUUUAAGAAUGAAGUUGGACAGUAUGACCUCGAGGUGACAACAUUUCAGCUGGCUGUUUUGUUUGCUUGGAACCAGAGGCCUAAAGAGAAGAUUAGUUUUGAAAAUCUUAAACUAGCAACAGAAUUACCAGAUGCAGAGCUGAGAAGGACUCUUUGGUCUCUUGUAGCGUUUCCAAAAUUGAAGAGGCAAGUUCUGUCAUAUGAACCACAAGUAAAUUCUCCUAAAGAUUUCACAGAGGGCACCUUGUUUUCAGUAAACCAGGAGUUCAGCUUGAUAAAAAAUGCAAAAGUUCAGAAAAGAGGAAAAAUCAAUUUAAUUGGACGCUUGCAACUCACAACCGAGAGAAUGAGGGAGGAAGAAAAUGAAGGCAUUGUACAGCUCCGAAUACUGAGGACUCAGGAGGCCAUUAUUCAGAUCAUGAAGAUGAGGAAGAAAAUUACCAACGCUCAGCUCCAGACUGAACUCGUAGAAAUUUUGAAAAACAUGUUCUUGCCACAGAAAAAAAUGAUCAAAGAACAAAUCGAAUGGCUCAUAGAACACAAGUACAUCCGGAGAGAUGAGUCUGAUAUCAACACUUUCCUCUACAUGGCAUAAUCCAGAGGCCGGCCUGACCAGUGCGGAUGAGACGAGCGCUCCGAGCAGGUCACCGGGAAUAUUUAUGCGAAGAAGCGAACUCACUCCAGACUUGUUUUACGGCAUAAAUAUUACAGUCCCUGCCUUAUGAGAGGACAGAUCUCUGUUGCCAAUGUCAUUCUGCCAGCAUGACAGCAUCUCGUCCACUUUGCUUUUACCAGCAUGCUGUUUUAAUGGAAAUCGUUUUGGAAGAACUUGUGAGCUUGUAAAGUAGAAUUGUCCAAACCAGAAAAUCUCCGAAUUUUUGUUUCUCUCUUGUUUUUUUUUUUUUUUUUCUGGUAAAAUAUUUCACAGUUUCAUGCACUGAUGAAUCGCUGUUACUGUUAGACUUUAAGUGAAAAAAAAAAGAAAAUCAAACUACAAAAAGAAAAUACUACCACAAAAAAUAGCACUUUCACAUUUAAGUAUUGCAUUAAUUUAACAUAUGCUAUCGUCCCUUCCUGCACAACUUUUGUGAAUCUUUUAUGCAUAUCAUAAUUUGAAGAGGUUUGUAUUCAUUUGUGGACAUGUUGACUCAUAAACAACGCUUUUGAUAUAUUGCUUUUAAAUGUGUGAUCAAUGUAGGGGAGCCUUGGUAGGAUACAGUAUUGGCACUUUUGUGACGCAUUUGACUGUGUAAAAGAAGGCAGUGAAAUAAU